AUGAGUCAAGGUUCUAUUCAGAAUUAUGAAUACAUUGCUACCCACAUCAGUGAUUACAUUAAGGAAGGUAAUUUCUUUGAUGCUUUUAAAAUCGAAGACAUCAAAAAGAUCAUGAAAAUUUCAAAUAUAACGGCUACCGACUUCAUUGCUCUUCUUAAGCAGUCCCAUCCUACUAUCAAAGCAAAUGAAUUAUAUGCAUGUGCUUGA